UUUUUCACAUCCUGCAACUUUUGAGCGAAUCAAAGGACAGCGGCUGCGUUUUUUUGUGCACGAUCGCACGCAUCCGGCGAGCGUUCGGGGGCUAAUGUGAGAAAUGCACGGCGGCGAAGAGGCGAGAGGAGCAUGCACAAAUACCUUGUGUCCCGGCUGCAGAGAUAUUGUGUUGCGAGCGCAGCUUUAAUAUAAAAGCUUGAUGUUCUGUCUCUGCCUGCCUCCAGUCCCAACCACCGCUUCCGGGUCGCUUUGUUCACUUCUGGGUGCUGCUGUGUUUCCAGGCUCGAUGCACACAGACACACAUGCACACACUCACACAUGCACACACACACACACACGCGGAAAUAUUCUGCUAAUGUCGCUUUGGGUUUUUUCUCUUUUUUUACACGAUUGACCUAGUUUGUUCACGUCUAACGGAGCCCCGUGCGUUCCUGGUGAAUGUAACAGGGCUUCUCUCCGCCGCGUGUUGGGUGGAUGUCAGUCUGCACAUCCGACUCCGGAGCCUGAAAUAGCACAAACCACAAUACUCCAAAAUACCAGCAUUUGCAAAGACAUGAAGCCCACUGCUGCCCUCGUAACGUCUCAGUAGUGAAUGGGGCAUGGCAGCUUCAUUUAUAAAGCUCCUUUCAUAACCGGGGGAUUCGAGGUUAUGUACAUGGACAUUCAGAACUACAUGAAAUAAAAAAAAAAAAAAAAUGCAUGCAAAAUAAAAAGAGUAGAAGAAAUUGGUAAAAGGAUGAAAGGGAAUAAAUGAAUAAUAUAAAAUGUGUUUUUUUUUGGUUGAUUUUGCAUUUUUUUGCUCUAAAGGGAUAUAUCGUUAAAGUAUGCAUGGAGAAAAAUAGUUUUUUUGUAUUUGUUUUAGGAAAUAUGUACAUAAUAAUUGCAUCAUUACAUUCUAAUGAGAGUUUUUAAAGGUCCAGUGGGUUAGAUUUAAGUGAAGGGGAUCUAUCGGCAGAAAUUUUAUUUUUUUUAACCUAGAAUGAGCCCUUUAUAUUUAAAUACACAACGUUUUUUACAAUAGCCCAGACUGGACAAACUAAACACUUUUUGAGUGUUUAUGACAACUGAAGGGUGCCACAGGUUGUUUGUCACGUCUGGGAGGGGAGGGUGAGGUGCAACAUGCAACUUCACCACUAGAUGUCACUCAAUACUACACACUGAACCUUUAAAGGUUCACACUGAACUGGUUCAGUGUGCUAAAGGCUGCUUCUUCCUGUUUGGAAUUUGCCCUAAAGGUUUCACUGGCAGACCACUCCUCAGUGGUCUCACUGGGUUAUAUUGCACUAUCAUGUCUGUUAUUUAUUAGAAGCAGCUCCACUCACAGAUUCCAAAAUAAGCUUUACAAUUCUUUAAAAUUCAAUCCUGUGGUUGACAGUGUAGGGAUUUAAGAACAGUGGUGAUCUGGGCUGUUCUUUUACUUUUGGUUCAAACUCCUCCUUUGUCUUGGAUGAGUUGUAAGUGCCUGAUUGUCUCUUCAGAAAGUCCUUCAAAAAGAAAUAGUAUAAUAAAGAACAAAACCCUGACUGUUCAAUGAACUAAAUGUAAAAACAAACUGUCAACAAGAAAACCAUGGUCAGGUUGCUGAGACUGCUCCAAGUGAUGGUGUAAUUUGAAAUGUAUACUUUACUAUCUCAUCCUCAAUAUAAUGCUCAGUAUGAAACAUUUUUAAAUAUGGAGGUCAAAGCACAGAAGGAAAACAAGCAGCUAUAAGUGACGAACCAAAAGUCAUAUCUAAACCAUUGGAAGUUCUGCUAUCUUUUGCAGGUUUACCUUUAUUUAACCAAAGGCACAGCAUACAAACUUAAUUACAAAAGUAAAUGAAUAAUAAAUAAUAAUAAAUUCAGUAUUAUCAAUAAAUUCAAAACAGUAUAUUCUGUAAACGGGAAAAAACAACCGUCACAUGCUUCAGAGGAAGAGAACGCAAAGACAGGGAGAAUGAUGCUCUACAGUAAUUUAGUGGACAAGUUUACAUUUGUCACCUGUAUUCUUACAUUAACCUAAUAUGACAUAUUCGGAUCUUAUUAUGCAGACAUGUGUGUUCAGUUUUUCAUUCAACUACAAAUAUAUUUCAAACUAUGAAUGCAUGUCAUGAUCAAAGUGAAACAUAAACCGAUAUAGAAAAGACAGUAAUUGGUAACAAUAAGAAGUAUUCAAUACAAUUUUCCUCAUGGGGACAAAAAAUAAGUACCCUUAAUAUACAUCAGUAAAUUCUAAGGUAACGACAUGUUGUAACUCACAAAUUCAGGUAAGGGUUGGGGUGGGUGUGUGUGUGUGUGUCUGAGAGAGUGUGUUUCCUGUUACAAGCCCUGUUUCUCUGAAGUCUCCAAAGAACUGACACCAACAGGUUGUGACACACAAAAUACACUGCAGUUGACUCAGCUUCGCAGGAAUCCACAGAAGUCUCUAACUUUACACUCUUUGGAGAUGGACGUUGUCUUGGUUUUUCUUCUGAUACAUGUCGUCCUCUCCGUUGGACAGAGUUCCGAACCAUGUUAUUCAAAGUGCCCAGCUGGGUCUUAUAAAAAAAAAGACUGCGACAAUCGAACUGGAUAUAAUGAAUGUCAAGAAUGUGUAAAAGGGACGUACACAGUGAUAGGAAACACUCGUACGAAGUGCUUACGGUGUGGAAGCUGUCGAAGGGAUGAGGUUAUAAUAAGGCCCUGCAACUCAACCCAUAAUGUGGAGUGUGGAUGUAAAGAGGGAUAUUACUUGGAAGGCACUAAGUCAAAUGGAGGAUACUGCAUUCGGUGCGACUGUCAAUAUUGUAAAGGACCUGAUGCAAAUCGUGAUGUGAAGAAGUGCCAGCCAUGUCAAAGGGCAUGUGCAGAAACUCCAGUUCCACCUCCAUCUACAACUAAACCAGCAACCUCACCUGGGAGACGAACGGAGAAUCAGAAGAGAGCUCUCCCAAAGGAGCAUAUGCCUAUGUGGCUGUCAGUCUUGGUUGCUGUGGGGAUAUCUCUGGCCCUCUGUGGGCUACUGCUGCUGCUGCUGCACCUCAUCUGGAAGAAAACCGAAAAACCAAACAUGGUCCUCUGCUGCAGACCCAACAUAGAACAAGGCGGCGAUCAAGGCAGCAGCUCGACCACACUGAGAUUUAACAUUUCUGAGGAAUCUCCAAUGAUGGAUCUCAGUCACUGUCCAGCCCCGCCACGACACCCUGCAGCCCACACCCGGCCUCUGCUGCCAGCUGUUGAGCAAGGAGCUGCCAGGCAAGAGGAGCAGUCAGAGCACUGGACGGCCAUCGUCCUCUAUGCCAUCAUCAAGGAGGUGCCCCUGCGUAGAUGGAAGGAGUUCUUGCGUCUCCUCUUGGUGGCUGAUCAGCAGCUGGAGCGUGUUGAGCUGGAGGCUGGUUUGGGCUCCAUGGAGAAGCAGUACCAGAUGCUGAGGCUGUGGAGUCAGCGCUCCUCCGCGAGCCUGAGUGACGUCUUCUCGGCCUUGAACCACAUGGAUUUAUCCGGCUGUGCCCAGCUGCUGCAGGAAAACCUGGAGAAGCUGCAGGUGGACUCCUCAACCAAAGUAUGAAACUACCAAGAGCGUCAGACAACAGCUUCCCUCAGCUUCUCGAGUGGCGCCUCUUAAAAGUCAGCGGUGGAGGGCUGUGGUUCUGAAGUGCGCCGCUAAAAUGUAAACAUGUGAAACUCUGAUUGUGUGUGUACAUGAGAGAUAAGCAGGGUGAGGUGAAAAUGAAGAAAAAGAAAAUACAAGUUACAAUUUUACUUUAUGAAAUUGGUGCUCAUCUUUUUUUCUGGCGUACAACCAGUCAAAGUCAGGACUCCUGUUCACUCUGAUCUUUUGUGUGAACUUGUCAGUGAGCAUAUGUGACGUUUUGUCUGCGGAUCACUUCCCCACUUCGCAUGUCACCUUCCUGACAUUAGACAUGAAAGAAACUUUGGCUACUGAUUCCUGUUGUACGCCCUCACAAGGGAAGAAGACUGAAAAACCCGUAGAUCAUCAGAUUAUCAGUUUCCUGCACAUAAAAGGUGACCAGGCUGGGUUUUUCCUCAGCACACAUGCUUUUGUUGUGUUAUGUCUCGCUUUGAGAUGUUUUUAUUGUUCAGUUCAGUAACCAACGGCUAAGAAGUUGGAAUUUCCAGUUUAUUACUGAAUGUUUUUAAUAUGAAUCUGUUUUUUUUUGUCUUUGGGUUUAUGUCUGUUUAUUUUAUAAAUAUUAUUUUUCAUUUUACAUGUAUUUUUUGUUUGACCAAAUCCAAAGUGUUUAGGAUUUGUAUUCUCAUUGGAAUCACCGAUGGAACAAGUGUAUGGUAAUAUGGUAACUGUGAGAGCCAAGGGUCAUCCUAUGGAGGCCUGUGUCAUCAAUACAUCUGCCGACCACAAGGUGGGAGUGUUGGCUGAGUGUUUGAACAGCAGCUGCUGCAGUAUGGAGCAAAGAACCCAAACAAAGAAAGAAAAGGAAAGAAAGCAAGAGGGAGGGGAAGAUGUUGGCAGGGUGAGAAGUUUUUUAAUCUGGAGUGGGAUUAGAAGAAGUAUUCUGCGAAUUCUGCUUCAGCACAGAGAACAGCUGUCCAAUAUGUCACAGACAUCAACAACAAGUGCCAUUCUGAGACCAUGUUUAUUUGUGUAUUUUUUACGUAUCGUUUUUACAACUGUACGUGAAUGCAGCAUUGAGGUAGACUUUUUGUCAGUCCAAGUCGGUUCAUUUUUGGUGCCAUACGUAUUUGUACAAUAUAUUAAUACAAAAAAAUGUAAUCUACUAUUAUAUGUUGAAUUAAUCAACUUGGCUUACUACAAUAGGCUAUAUUCUGUUUACAAAGUGUUGUUGUUGAGUUGCCAAUUUUUUUUGCCACCGACCACUGUAUAAUAAUAAUAAUGUUAUAUACUACUGAUACUAGUAUUAUUACUAUUACUACUUCUACUACUACUACAAUUAACGAUAAUAGUAACUAUAAUGAUAACAAUAAGAAUAUACAUGAUGGUACUGUAUAUAGGCUUAUGUAUUGAAUGUAAUAGAGUCGUGGAAUCUUAAAUGUUCAUUCAGCAGCUGAAAACAUUUGAAUAUUAUUUAAACCAAACACUGUUGGAGAAGUUAUAUUUCUUUCAUGUUCUGUGCAGUUAACAAUAAUAAAAUUCACCAAAAAUAAUAACAAUAAUAAUCAUAAUCAAAAU